GAGGGGGCGGGGGUCUCUACUCUACUAUAGAAGCUGCCCCGCACCGGGACUCCCGCGGACUGCGGACCGGCCUGCAGCGACAGCCUCCCGGGCAGAGAUGUCCCGCUCACCUCUCCAGCUCCAGUCCGGGGCAGAGUGGCCCUCCUCGGAGCAGGCCAUGGAGAACGGCCACGAGGAGGAGGAGGAGGAGGGCGAUCUGGACGACGAGGUGGACGCUUCUCAUCUGGAGAGAUUCAUGAAAGACAGGAGGAGAGCCAGGUCCCUGCCCGCCUACCCGGCGGCGCUCCUGGACCGCGUCUCUGGGAGUAUCGAGAGGAAGCGGGUGAAGUUCGCAGACUCCAUGGGGCUGAACCUGGCCAGCGUCAAGCACUUCAGCUCGCUGGAGGAGCCGCAGAUCCCCAGUAAAGUCCUGUCCAGGCACAAGAGCUUCCCGCCGCAGCAGCAGGACUUGCUGAACGACCUGUGCCAGAGCUUCAAGUCCAGUCUGGACACGGACCGGCUGGUCGCCUGCUUCCCGGAGAACCGUGAGGUGGAGCGGAGAGUCCAGCACCUCCGCGUCUGCCUGGAGAAGGUCGCCAUCACCCAGUUUGACUUGCGGGGGCAGAUCCGGGUCUUCACCAGCUGCACCGACAAAGAGGUCGGAGUGAGGUACACCUUCAACGACUGGCUCUCCUACGUGGACGCGCAGGCUCUGCCGGUGGCCGCGGACCAGCCGGGCUUUGUGGGAGAGCGGUUCAGCUUCACCGUGUACACGCCGCCCUUCAUGGACCCCAGCUCGGCCGUGCACAUGGCCGUGUACCUGAAGAGUGAGGAGGGGGAGUUCUGGGACAACAACGAGGAGCAGAACUACACCCUCAGGUACCACUGCAUGCCCAGCACCACAACCUUUGUCAGCGCCGCUUUCCACGCCACCUGACCGGCGCGUGUGUCGUGCGUAAAACCUACAGAUCUGCGCGUUAAAGCUUUCCACCAGUCCCGUCUGCUGAAAGAAAUGCUUUGAUAUGCAGCUGCGGAAUAUUCUGUUAUGUGCUGAGUCUUCUUGAGACAAGGGUUUCUGAACUUCCACUUGGAUCGAUGGACUUUGUCUCUCUGAGGAAACAGAAGCCCCGGACUUUAACUUCAACAACCUUCUGGAUGUUUUGGACCUGUUGACAGCCACAAGUGUCUCUGCCUCACUGCUGCUCCUGGAUUCUGCACUUUCCUCAGUCCACACACCUAAAAACAGAUGUUCAGCUCUAUAAUUAAGGACAAUAAACAAACACAAAGCCUCGCAGGCCUUAAUCACUGGGACAAAACCUCAUGUAAAUGUCCAUGGUGCUCAAAUUAAAGGCUGCACCGGGGGAGCUGCUUGUCGAGGUAAUUCCCGGGCUGUUUAUCUGGCUUUGUAAAGCCCUGUCAGCGGAAAUGAUCACAAUGAAAGCGCUUUUUAUUUGCAAAUGAUCGUGUUUGCCAAUCGUUAGUCUAAUCUGACAUUUCUGUUACCAAUUUUAAAAUGCAGAUUUCAGUCAAAGACCUUUAGAGUGAUUCUUACUACACAUUCGUUUUAUUCCCUUACGGUUUAAAAAAAGUCAGUUUGCAGACUCCUCUUGUAGGCUAAUCCAUGGCACUGAUCAUCAUUCUGAUCAAUGUGACAUUAUUGUUGCUUUUUAAUGCAGCUUGAGUGCAGGUUGUUGUGAAAAACGCUGCACUGCCUCAUGUUCACAUUACACAACUUUCAAGACUCAUUUUUAUCCUCUAAGGAAGUAUAAACAGGGAAGCAGUGGCUCCCUGAACUGCAGAUAAAGCACAUUAAAAUGAAUAAAAUGCAGCUGUGUAGUCUGUAAAUUGAUAUCUAUGAUGUUUGUUGGAUGUACUUUAAAUAGAUUUUGCUAAAAUAUGCAAAACAACCAGUAUGGACCUUUAAAUUUAGCCAAAAAAACCUUUUAAUUCAGCCUGUCAGCUGAUUUUCUUUAAGGUGUUCCAACAUCUGGUUGUUCAGAUAAAUCCUUUGAUGUCUCAUGAUGCUGAAACAUACCCUGCAGCCAAAAACAGAAUAAAAAAAAAAACGCCUGGGGGAAAUUAACUGUUCAUUCAUUUUGGAAAGAUUCUGCAGUUAUUUCAACAAAGAGAUUUUAGAAAGAAUUGUGCUGAGUGGAAGAUUUUGUCAAAGUGAUCUUGUUCAAUAAAAGCUGAUUUCAAACCAAGA